AUGGCUUCAAGCAGGAAAAGAGGAAGAGAUGAAGACGAGGAAGAAAAUGUCAGUCCCCCUCAUUCGAAGAGGACUAAGAGGGACCAGGCCUUACAGGACACCGGUGGUAAACAGUUACCAAACAACGAAAAUGGACUGAACCAAAGAAACACCAAUAAUACUGACCGUGAAGGAGUCCCAGGGAACAGCUUAAAUGAUGUCACUGCUGAAGAAGACGCUAACAUCCAUGAAUUAUCACAAGAGGAGGGCAAUGAAGUAUGCCAAGAAGAAGAUCCUUACUCCCACAUUAAUAACAUCUUGAGGGAAGCUCAUUUUUACAGCCGCCGGCAGAGAGCUCAAUCAAGAAAGACCACCUAA